AUGCCUUUAGAGUACAACUUUGUCACAAAGAAGCCAUUAUUCUCUAGGUUAGAUAUUGUUCCAUUUGUUAUUAUCUAUUCCUUGAUCUUCUAUCCAGCGUAUACCUUAAUUGAUAAACAUUGGAUUUACGAAGAGCCAGAUAAUCCAUCCAACAGUUCAUUCGCGUUUAUUUUCGAUCACGUUGAUGCUAAAGCAUUAGAACCACACGCAUUUAUUGUAUUAUUACCCGUUUUUGUCGUUUUAAUUCACACUAUUUUCUUAAUUCUUUCAUAUUGGUUACCAAAAUGGAAUGAAUAUUUGCACUAUGAUAAGGCAACCGAAAAAACAGCAACACAUGUUGCAUUUCAUCCAGAUCCACACAAAGGUCUUCCAGGUAUUGUUGAAUAUGUCCGUGGAAAGCCAUCUUACGUCUAUUUCCAGCAAAAGAAGCGCGAGUAUAAAGAUUGUCAAUUCGUUUCGUUACAAUAUCCAACGAAACUCCAGAUACAAGAUUAUUUGGGUGCUAAAGGACUUUCAUCCGCAGAAGCCACAAAGAGAGAAGAAUACUAUGGCCUGAACCAAUAUAAGCUACCGAUCCCAUCAAUGUCAACACUUUUAUUUGAAAACCUCAAAUCUCCAUUUAUUUUCUUCCAAUUCUUCAACUGCAUCAUCCUCCUUCUCGAUGAAUACUUUACGACUCCUCUUGUCUACAUGGCCCAACUUAUUUUCAUGGAGUACUCCAAUAUCAAGACAUUCCAUGCAAACUACACAGAUCUCCGUGGUGCUGACCUUGUUCCUAUUGCAGUCAACGUCUACAGAGAUAGGAAAUGGAAGAAGAUGUUAUCGGAUAAAAUUGUUCCAGGUGAUCUUGUCCUUAUUCCAAACGAAAUCAACGCUCCAUGUGAUCUUGUUAUCCUCAAAGGUCGUGCCGUUGUCAACGAAGCUAUGCUUACUGGUGAAUCUACCCCACAAUUGAAAGACACUGUUGAUGGUCUUCCAUUAGACACAACAUUGAACACAGAGAAACACCGUCGUCAUAUUAUCUUCGGUGGUACUCGUAUCGAACAGAUCAUUUCAGCCAAAGAUAAAACGUUACCCGAAGAAGGCACACUUUGCUAUGCUAUCUCCACAGGCUUUGGUAGUGCACAAGGUCGUCUUCUUCGUACUAUUAUGUUUGGUUCACAGUACGAUCAGACUAAGUUCCGAGAUUCAUACAAAAUCCUUGGUUUAUUGUCCAGUGUCUCAGUUAUUGCUACAUUGUACUACUACUUCUCAGCUAAGACAGAUUCCGACAGCACCAUCUUCCGUUUGAUUGUCAAUUCUCUUAUGAUUUUCACUAAAGCAGCUCCACCCGAUCUUCAGACAUCUAUUUCUAUGCAGAUCAACACAUCAGUCAAUUCACUUGCUAAACUCGACAUCUAUACAACAGAACCAUACCGAAUCCAACUUGCCGGUGGUAUCACAACAUGUUGUUUCGAUAAGACGGGCACACUCACAUCAGAAGAGUACAAACUUGUUGGUGUCGACACACUUAAUGCACCCGCUGCACCAAAGAACAAGACAAUCAAAGGCAACUACUUCUCAUCACCAUCAGAAAUGCCAGUUGAAUCCAUGUGGGUUGUUGGUGGUUGCCACUCACUCAUCCGUGGCAAGUACGGCAAGCUCAUUGGUGAUUCACUUGAAUCAGCCGCAUUCCAACAGAUGCAUUUCAAACUGAACAGUGACAAGAGUGCUACAUAUGGCGAUAUUUCUAUUACACCAAUCAAGGAAUAUCAUUUCUCAUCCGAACUUAAGCGUAUGACCGUUGUUUGCAAUGUUUCAGGUCGAACACAACCUAUUGCAGUUAUCAAAGGAGCUCCAGAAGCAGUCCAACCACUAUUAACAACAGUUCCAAGUGAUUACAAACAGGCAUAUCUUAAAUAUGCUCGUCAAGGUUGCCGUGUCCUUGUUCUUGGCUACAGGAUUCUUGAAUUCAACUACGAUCCAUCCACUGCUAAACGCGAUGACAUCGAGAAGAACUUUAUUUUUGCAGGCUUUGCAAUUUUCGAUGCACCAUUGAAGCGUGGCUCAGAAGACACUGUUGUUGAAUUAUUAAAGAGCCAACACCGUGUUAUCAUCAUCACCGGCGAUGCUGCUCUUACAGCUGCACAUGUUGCGAAGCGUUUGCACAUGUUUGACCGUCACUUAGAGAUCCAUGAUUAUUCUGAUGGUCAAUUUGAAACUAUUGAUGAAUUUGGCAAUGUUCUUGAAACAACAUCUAAUGAAGAUCGAGAACUUGUUUACACAGGUUCUGCUCUUGAACAUCUUUCUGAAGAAGAUUUUGCAUCUGUUGUUUCUAAAUGCAACAUUUUCUCACGUAUGUCACCACAACAGAAACUUCGCAUCAUCAUCACACUCAACAAACUUGGUCAUGUUACAUUGAUGUGUGGUGAUGGCACUAACGAUGUUGGUGCUAUCAAGAACGCUCAUGUUGGUGUUGGUCUUAUUUCUGAUGAUGACAAAUCCGAAUCCAAACAAAACCAACAACAACAAACACAAACACAACCACAGAAUCAAAAUCAACAAAAUAAUAAUGAGAACAAUCAAAAUAAUAAUACACAGAAUAGUAUGGAAAAGAUGAUGACAGAUUUCUCAUCACAGAUGGGCUAUCGCAGCAGUUUAGGUGCAGCUUCUAUUGCUGCUCCAUUUGUUUCUAAGCGAGGCACAGUUACCGCAGUUAUCGACAUCAUUCGCUUUGGUCGUGCAACAUUGACAUCGACUACAGACAUGUUCAAACAAUGUGCGAUCAAAGUUGUUUUAGAGUGUUAUCACCUUACAAUCUUGAAUCUUGAGAAUGUCCGUGCAUCCGAUCAUCUUCUUACAUUUUCAGGCAUCAUCACAAGUCUUGUUUCUAUCUCCAUGGCAUGGGCUAAACCAAGACGUCAGCUUAGUUCAUUACGUCCUAUUCCAGGUCAGUUCAACAUCUACCUUCUUAGUUCCAUCUUCAUUCAAUGGUUUGUCCACUUAGUUAUUCUCCACUUGACACACUCAUUAGUCUUCGCCGUCGGUUACAAACACGAUACAUUGAACACACGAUCUAAGUUCGAACCAACACUUUUGAACACUGCUAUUUACUUAGUCUACACAACUAUGGACACCAUGAGUUUCUGCUGCAACUACACCGGUGCGCCAUUCAUGCAGUCGUUCUCAGAGAACAAGUCAUUGAUCUUUGGUUUCAUGGCCACCAUUUUAUUGAACAUCAUCUGCAUGUUCAAUGUCUUCCCCGGUCUUAACAAAUGGUUACAACUUGCAGAAUUUCCAACAUUCAAGUUCCAACUUCAGUUGAUUUUGUUGUGUCUUAUUGAUGUUGCAUUUUGCUUUGUUUUUGAGAAGAUCUUACUUUGGUACUUCCUCAAGAAAUCUAACGAGAAGAACUCACAUCUUGUUUCACAAACUGUUGUUGAUUCUCUUGAUACAUAUGUUACUAACGAUGAUGAUUUGAUGCCAUCCGAAUACUACAAGUUCGGUUUCUCAGAAAUGAUGUCAUCUAUGCUUUCUGCACAAGUUAAGACACAACAACUUAACCGUCAACAAUCUGUUCGCGAUCGUCAACGCAAAGAAUACGAGAGUAAGUUAGAGGAAGAAAUCAAAAAACAAAAAUAG